AUGGCGUCCACAGAUUCGAGCACACAAAAUGAGUCCCUCGCGGAAGAGCGCGUGGAGAGCCCCGUCCGGUCUUUCUCCGUUCGAUCGAUCUAUCGAUCUAUUCCCUUCCAAAUCGCCAUCGCCAGCGGUGUCUCUUUCACUGCUCCGGGCAUGUGGGAUGCCAUGAACAACCUUGGAGCAGGUGGAGCAGCAGUUCCCUACGCGGUUUCUGCAGCUAAUGCGCUGGUUUAUGGUCUGUUCGCGAUCGUCUGUGUUAUGGCGGGAGCUAUCAACAAUCGCAUCGGUCUUCGUUUUGGAUUGGUUCUGGGAUCAAUUGGAUACCCUAUUUAUGGCGCUGGUCUUUACACCAACAACUACUCACCAACAACAUGGUUUAUGCUUUUUGGUAGUGCCUUGUGUGGUAUCUCUGCUGGUUUCUUCUGGGCCGCGGAGGCCGCAAUUAUCAUUGGGUACCCAAGUCCUCAAGAUCGUGCUUUCUACCUCGCUAUCUGGCAAACUGCCAAGGCAGCCGGUCCUAUCGUGGGCGGCGCAAUCAGUCUAGGCCUCAACGCCAAGAACUCGGCACAGGGAACAAUCAGCGCAGGAACUUAUAUCGUCUUCAUCGUCAUUAUGUGUCUUGGUCUCCCCAUCGCACUUUGUCUGAGUCCAGCAGAGAAGGUCCAGCGUAAGGAUAGAACAUUGGUUCUAGUGCACAAGCAGCCAACUUGGGCCAAGGAGUUCAAGGCAGCGCUUACGCUGUUCACCACUCGCCGAGUUCUCUUAUUGCUCCCUGCUUUCUUCAUCAGUUACUUUUACAAUGCUUUCAUUAGCACCUGGUUAACGGACUACUUCACUGUUCGGUCCCGUGCUUUCUCAUCUUUCUUUACCAAUUUUGCUGGCAUUGCUUCCUCUUUCUUGAUUGCGGCGCUGCUGGAUCGGCAAUCAAUCCACAUCAAGACUCGGGCAAAGGCCGCAUUCUCGGCCAUUGUUCUUGUGCUUGUGGGUACUUGGAUCUGGGCUUGUAUCCUUCAAAAUGAGUUCUACAAUGCGCCGACUGCUCCCGUAUUUGACUGGUUCAAGGGCGGGUUCGGAAAGUCGUAUGCUCUCGUUUUCUUUUGGACAUUCGGAGGACAGGCAUUCCAGCAAUAUCUUUACUGGCUUGUGGGUCAAUACAGUACCGACAUCUCUUCUCUCUCAUACCACUGUGGUAUUUUGAGAGGAUUCGAGGCUCUCGGGCAAACUGUUGCUUGGGCCAUGCAAUCUGAGGGCAACGCAAACCACUUUGUCAGUAUCGGACUCAACUUUGGCAUUACAAUCCUUUGUAUCUGGCCUACCUGGAUUGUUCUAUCAGGACUCGAGCAUAGCCACGAAGUGCAAGUCACCGUGGAUGAUGUAUCUCACAAGGUACAAGAUAAUGAUACCCAAGCUUAA